CCUGCCGCUCCCCGUCCCGGCCGCCGUAGUUUUUUUUUUUUUUUUUCUUUUAAAAAAAAAAACGGUUCCCCAGCAACGAGAAAAAACAACCGGAAUCCUGGGUAUCAGCUCGGAGAGAAAGAAGAGGUACCACAUAGGCAAGUUCUUGCCAAGGAGAUGUCGAUUCCAUUUUCCAACACCCACUAUCGAAUUCCACAAGGAUUUGGGAAUCUUCUUGAAGGGCUGACACGUGAGAUUCUGAGGGAGCAACCGGACAACAUUCCAGCUUUUGCAGCAGCAUAUUUUGAGAACCUUCUAGAGAAAAGAGAGAAAACCAACUUUGAUCCAGCUGAAUGGGGGGCUAAGGUUGAUGACCGCUUCUAUAACAACCAUGCGUUCCAGGAGCAUGAAUCUGAGAAAUGUGAAUCUGAAGAAAAGUCUCAAUCUGUGACAGAGGAAGAGACACCAGUCCUGACCUUAGACUCUGAAGACGAUAAAGGUAAAGAGGAGAUGGCUGCUCUCAAAAUCCAGGCGGCCUUCCGGGGACACUUAGCCAGAGAAGAUGUAAAAAAAAUUCGAACCAACAAAGCUGAAGAGGAAACAGAGGAAGACAAUUGAGGGCACUGGCUUUACCCCACACACACCUGCAAAAAAAAAAAAAAUGAAAAACAGUUCAAUCCAUCAAUCCAUUCUGAUUGUCAGUUUUUUCCUUAGUAAAGGAAUUUUGGUGUUACAAAAUAGCAUUAGUUGCUGUUGUGAAAAUCUGUCAUGAGCAUUUGUUUAAUAAACAUGCCAUUGAUA